UGUCUGGAUUUACCCAAUUUGCAACACCCCCGGGCAUUGCUCCUGAACUCAUUGGACAGUCUCAUGUGUCAAUCAAGUCAGCCCCGCUCACUAGUCAUGAUGUCACUCUCAAAAGAUUCCGCCUCUAACUGUCGCGAUUGGGGUGACUUCUGACACGGGCGCAGCCGAUGAGACCAGACAAGUCUUGUCAGUUUCUCAAAGUUGUUGUUGUUCUCAAUUUCCUGAGCAGCAUCAAAAUCAGGGAAGACUCGGUAGAGUUCAAGGAUGUUGAGGGUGCAGCGACAAUUUCUGUGACAUCAUCCACGUCUCUGAUGUCUUUGCGUCUUUGACAGGAUAAGUCACCGUUGUUAGCCUCCAGAGUGUUUAGCGUGUGCAUUGCGCAGCCUUAGAGGCGGCACACUUUUCGUUCUGAAUUUGUGAUUAAGGACUGUCGGAACAAAGAACAAUGACGAGCUCAAGCACAGAUUCCGACUGCAUUCUCAAGUGGAAGAACAGGAAGCUGGUGGAGAAACAAAAUGAAUUUAACAAUCUGUGGACAAGCGACAUCCAGGCACGGAAUGAAAAACUCGAAUCGCUGGAAGCCGAUCAACGGGCCCUUGAGAAGAAACUGGACGCGGUCAACAAGGAGAAUGUGGAAUUGCUUUCACAGCAGAAAGUCUACGAAGCCAAAGUCUAUCUGCUGACGCAGAAGAAGAGUAUCCUGGAGAACCAGGUGAGCAACAUGAAGACACUGGAAGCCAAGCUGAAGAAGAAGACCGCCGACCAGGAAGAGGCCAAGAGGAACUUGGAGGAAAAACUGGCGGAGCAGGCAGAGUAUCACAAUGAAAACCUCAAGAAGAUGGAGAUCAAGAUCCAGAAUCGUUUCCGCGAUAAAGAACGAGCGCUGCAGGCGAAGAUGGACGCACAACGCCUUGAGAUGGAGAACAUGGAGAAACACGUACAGGACAUCAAAGACGAAAACAGCACGCUGAAGCAGGAACUCAAACAUGCCGCUCAAAAAUAUGAAAAGGAUUGCGAAGCUCACGAAAAAAUAAUGGCUAAGAUUGAGUUUGACUACCAGGUCGACAUUAUGACGGCAAAAAUGAAGAACAAGGUACUGACGGACCGAGUGGAGACACUGUCAACCACAGCCGAGGACAAGAUCAAAGAGAAUGAAGCCCUGAAGGACACGCUCAAAAGCAAGAACCUCGAAGUAGAGAAAAAGGGGACGGAACGGGGCAACAUGUUGCUCCAGAUCGAGGAGUUGAUGGAUAAGCUAAAAAGGGAGCAGAAGCGCACGGCCAUGUUAACUGAGCGCGUGACGCACAUGGAGAAGGAGAUGGAGUCCAUGUGGAACAAGUACGAAAUCGAGCAGAAGGCUCACCUGUUCACCAAAAAACAUUCGGGUAUGAUACUGCGGAAACACAGCGACCUGACUGAUAGGAUCAAGUUCCUGGACCACAGGAUCAAGACUCAACAAGCCAGCAUCCAGAAGCUGGAAUCUCAUUUGUCUGCCAAGUCUACCUUCAUACGGAACAUCAGCCUGGAAAUUGAGACGUCCAUGGCGCUGGUCAACGACCCCAAGAAAUUCAUCAAGGAAAUCGCCCGCAUCAAAGGAAAACUUUUCACUGACAAGGACUCCCAUUUGGCCGAGAUGGUCUUCCAAGCCAUAGAGACACAGAAGCAAAGGUUCGACCGCUACGAGACGACCAUCCGCAACCUCCGAAAGCAGCUCAAGUAUAAGGAGCUGCACAUGCAGCACCACAUCGAGAAGCUUGAGAAGCCCCGCAGCGAACUCAUCAAGAUUGUCAACGAACAACGACGGGAAAUGGCCAAACUCAAGACCCAGACGAACCAAGCGAAUCACACACUGCGGGAAAUCACUAGCUAUCUUCCUAAGAAGGUCCAGUUGUGGGUCAAAGGUCGGCUCAGUGGGACGGUACCCGUGACACCGAUACACUAA